AUGUCUGAGACAAGUGAUAAUGCAAACAGACCUGCGUCCGACGAGCCGGUCUCCAGUGAAUCAAGUCUACGUGUGGGCAUGAACGACGCACCCAAAGCCCAGCUGUCUGUGAGCGAGAUUACACAGAAAUUGAGCUCCGAACUGAACGGCGCGCUGGACGAACUGGCAAAAAUAGAUAAGGCUCUCAACAGAACAUACGACAGCAUCGAACACAAGAUCGGCCAACUAGCCAAACACACGAAGGUCAUCUCCAAUCCAGGCUUCAACUCGGUAGAGUCGUACCUUAGCUACGCGCAGGUCGCGGGAACGUCUCCGAAAUCAACGGUGUUCAGGGGAUCUUUGUACGAAAUCUCAUUUGCAGAGUUCCUUGUUGAUCACUUGAAUCUGAGACGAAUGGUACUCCAAGGAGGUGCGAACGAUAAAGGUAUCGAUAUGCAAGCCACCUGGAACCUGAAGCAACUGAAACGGGUACCUGAGAACCCUGCAGAUGUCUUCUUGGGCCCAGCUCUCAAGCACGUCGUUCCCUUUGUCGAACAAAAACAGAAUGAUGCCUUCAAGGUGCAUCUGUACGUGCAAUGCAAAUGCUGGAAGCGAAGCAAAAUGGACGCUAAAAUGGUUCGCGAGCUCACAGGUACAUUUGCAGACUUCUUCGCUAGAGAAAAGUUACAAAAUAGGGCGCUGGUCAUGUUUGUCACUCCUACAGGUGCCACAAAAGUCGGGUUCGCAGAUUUCGACUCAAGCGUGGUUCCCAUGAUAUUCGUCAAGUUCAGCGUACCGGAGCUCAAGUCCCCAGGUUUGGACCCAUACAAGGCCGAAAAUUACAUCAAAGGCAGAGCCGAAAGCUUCUACUGCAACCCGAUAGCACAAGCACUGUUAUCCGGACUCGACUGGAAGGCAUUUGCAAAUACAAUUGUACGCAAUCAAAAAUAA